AUGCCUGUCAUGGCAAAAGGCAAAUCUGGGAAAAAGACAUCUCUGAAGGCAGCGCUCUCUUCGCAGCAGUCUCGGCUGAAAAAGAAGCAGGUGGCGUCGCAGGCUGCACACCUGGCCGAGAGGAGCAAGAAAGGUACCCAGUCGCAGUCGAAAGGCAAAGGAAAGGCUCUUCCUCCGCGUUCUACCAUCCCUUUCCAUCCUACAGAUCACAUACUCCUUGUCGGGGAAGGCAACUUUUCGUUCGCACGUGCACUUGUUUUUCAUCCCCCCUCCUCUCUUGUAUAUCUGCCAGCGGCGAAUGUCACUGCUACUGCUUAUGAUAGCGAGGAAGACUGCUAUGCGAAGUAUCCCGAUGCUGCUGACAUAGUCUCUGCACUACGAGACAAGGGAGUGGAGGUAGUAUUUGGGGUAGAUGCUACCAGGCUGGAGAAGUGCGCGGCCUUAAGAGGGCGAAAGUGGAAUAGAGUUGUGUGGAAUUUCCCUCAUGCAGGGAAGGGUAUCACAGACCAAGAUAGAAAUAUUCUGACGAACCAGUUGCUCGUGAUGGAGUUCCUGCGCUCAGCCGCGAACAUCCUUACCACGGGCAUGAUACCUUCUGUUAUGCAAUCUCGAAAACGAAAGCAAGAAGCUGACGACGAAGAGGACGAAGCAGAAGAGGAUAAUGCAUCACAAGGAGGGGUGCAUGCGGAUGGAAUAGGCAGUUCGAAUGCCAAGACACGGGGAACGAUACUGAUCACAUUGCGAAAUGUUCCUCCAUAUACCCUAUGGGAUGUACCUAAGUUAGCCAAAGAUCCACCGCCCUCGUCGUCGGCAAGUAGGAAACCCAGUCCUCGGUAUGUACAGCUGAGGUCAUUCGUUUUCCAUCGCAAUGAGUGGAAGGGCUACGAGCAUCGUAUGACCAAAGGAGAGAGAGCACACGGUCUAGGGAAAACUGGCGAAGGUGGAGAGGAUCGCACAUGGGAGUUCUGCCUGAAAGACUGA